AUGGCUGAAGCACAUGAAGCCGUCGCUUUUCAAUUUACUGUCGGUGCCGAAGGUGUUAGUCUUAAUGUAAGUUAUGAUGUAUUUAAAGCAUUGUUAUAUUCUGGUUUACGUUCAUGGAAACUUCGUUGCCGUCGUACACUUAAUUCCUUACAUAAUACGCUGUAUCCUGGUCAUCCAGUUCGUGGUAUUGCUUGGUGUGGUAUUAUUUACACUCUCUAUAUAAAAGAUCAUGAUCCAUCAUAUAAUAUUAUUGAUUGGAUUGAUUCACAUAUCUUUCGACGAUAUUUUACACCAGAAAAUUCAAAAACAUGUGCAAUUCUCGUUUUUGGAACUGGUACAUAUUUUGUUUUAAUACAAAUUCGACAAUAUAUAUUGAAAUCAUUAUUUUCCUAUCAUGGAUGGAUGUAUCAAGAACAUGGUAGACCUGUUGGAUUAGGACAAAAAUUAUGGGGAGGUUUAGUUAAAUUAUUCAUUGGUCGAAAUCCAUCUUUAUAUUCAUAUCAAAGUGUUUUACCGCAAUUACCAUUACCAAGUUUAGAUGAUACAUUAAAAAGAUAUUUAAGAACUGUUCGUCCUAUAUAUGAUGACAUUGAAUAUCAUCAAAUGGAAGUAUUAGCUGAAGACUUCCGACGAACAAUUGGACGAAAAUUACAAAGAUAUUUAUGGUUAAAAUGGCUUAUAUCAUCAAAUUAUGUAUCAGAUUGGUGGGAAAAAUUUGUUUAUUUACGUGGUCGAUCACCAAUUAUGGUCAAUAGCAAUUUCUACGGUCUCGAUAUGGCUUAUAUCCGUCCAACACGUAUUCAAACAGCUCGUGCAGCUAAUAUGGUUUGUGCUUCACUCAAAUAUCGUACUAGACUUGAUCAUCAAAAUAUUACACCAUUAAUGAUACAAAAUAUGAUUCCACUUUGUUCAAGUCAAUAUGAACGACAGUACAAUACAGUACGUAUUCCUGGCAAAGACGCAGAUACAAUUGUUCAUUAUUCAGAUAGUCAUCAUCUUGCUGUUUAUCAUAAAGGUCGUUGGUUUAAACUGAUGAUAGUUCAUAAUGAUCAAAUGCUUCAACCUUGUGAAAUUCAAAUUCAAUUAGAUGAAAUAAUUCGCGAUGCAUCCGAACCUGCAUAUGGAGAAGAACAUUUAGCAGCAUUAACCGCUGGUGAACGAACAUCAUGGGCUGAAACACGUGCAAAGUAUUUUUCUGCAGGUGUUAAUCGUACUUCAUUAGAAACAAUUGAAAAAGCAGCAUUUAUACUUAUUUUGGAUGAUGAAGAAUAUGAUAUAGGAUCAUUGAAUAUGAAUUCAUCAACACAGAAUAGUGCAGAAAAAUCAGAAAAAUUCGAUGCAUAUGCACGUGCUAUCCUUCAUGGAAAAGCAUAUAAUCGUUGGUUUGAUAAAUCAUUUAAUUUCAUUUUUAGCAAAGAUGCUGUGGCUGGAAUUAAUGUUGAACAUAGUUGGGCUGAUGCUCCAAUUUCUGGACAUAUGGUUGAAUAUGUACUUUCAGAAGAUAUUUUAUAUUAUGGUUAUGAUGAACUUGGUAAUACACGUGGUGUACCACGUUUUACAGCACCUAAACCAACAAGACUCAAAUGGUUAAUUCCAGAAAGCUGUAAUAUUUUAAUUGAAAAAAGUCUUGCUCAAGCAACAAAAGUAUUCAAUGAUGUUGAUCUUCAUACGUAUAUUCAAGAUGUUUAUGGAAAAGGUUUUAUAAAGAAAUGUAAAGUAUCACCAGAUGCUUAUGUUCAAAUGGCACUUCAAUUAGCACAUUAUCGAGAUACUGGUCGAUUUAAUUUAACAUAUGAAGCAUCAAUGACACGUUUAUUUCGUGAUGGUCGAACAGAAACUGUUCGUUCCUGUUCAAUUGAAUCAAGUCAAUGGGUUAAAUCAAUGGAAAAUCCAAAUAUUUCAAAAAGUGAACGAAUAAAAUUACUUCGUCUUGCUUGUGAUUAUCAUCAACAACAAUACCGUGAUGCUAUGACUGGAAAAGGUAUAGAUCGACAUUUAUUUUGUCUUUAUGUUUUAUCAAAAUAUUUCAAUAUGGACUCACCAUUUCUUCAACGAGUCCUUCAAGAACCAUGGAGAUUAUCAACUAGUCAAACAGCAACAACUUAUGAUGAAAAACAUUUCCGAAAAUUAAUGGCACAAAAUCCGGAUUUAGUUCGUAAAUAUGGUAUAGAUGAUCAACGGAAUUUGGCACCAUAUGGUGGCGGUUUUGGACCAGUAGCUGCUGAUGGAUAUGGUGUUAGUUAUAUAAUUGCAGCAGAAGAUCUGAUUUUUUUUCAUAUUUCAUCCAAUAAAUCUGCUGGAGAAACGGAUUCAAAACGAUUUGGUGAACGUAUUUGUCAAGCAAUGAAAGAUAUGCGAGAUUUAUUUGAAGGUGAAAUCAAAUUUGAAAAGAAAAAUUGA